GUCCAGCCCUGGAGGAUAACAGAGGAGAAACACACACACCACGCUCUUUUACCAGAGGUUCUGGAAAACCAAGAGAGAAAGAGAGAGAAAGAGAGAGAAAGCGAGAGAGAGAGAGAGAGAGAAAGAGUCGUUGGAACCUUUAGGACACUCUUGGUUUCUACUGAACCGUCCCACACUCUUCAGAGGUCAAUGCUUUGCUUUGGGCUUUCUGCUUCUCUUACCUCCGUCUCUUUCAGUUUCUCUGAACACUGUUACUUUUUAAAAACCUUUAGCCUUUUCCUCGUUGUUGAGAAACACAAAAGAACACAGACAGAAGUUGACACAACAACUACUACAACAACAACUAAACAGGAGUUUGUUUAAGCUGGAAUGAAUAUAUCUGAGUCUAGUUACUGUCGUGAGGCCAGUUCUCUACCAGGCCGGGACGAAGCCGGGGGGCAUCCAUGGGUUUCUUCCCCCAGCCCAGGCUCUGAUCGUGGGCUAGGACCCUUCGACCAGACCCCCCUUUAUGGAGGAUCUGGAGAUCGUGGCUCUGCUGGGGGACGCACAGAGGCCAAGAUAGGGGCCGGAGCUGAACCAGGGACAGGGGUAGGAAGCCCUGACUCGACCCACCCAGAAGCACCUUCCCUGGGCAGCGUUGAGGGGAAAGCAGGGGGUGAGUCGAGGAUCCGUCGGCCAAUGAACGCCUUCAUGGUUUGGGCUAAAGACGAGAGGAAGCGCCUGGCCGUUCAGAACCCAGACCUCCACAAUGCUGUCCUCAGCAAGAUGCUGGGCCAGUCGUGGAAGGCCCUGACUACUCUGGACAAGCGUCCCUUCGUUGAGGAGGCCGAGAGACUCCGCCUCCAACACCUGACGGACCAUCCCAACUACAAGUACCGCCCCCGUCGCAAGAAACAGGCCAAAAAGCUCAAACGGGUGGAACCGGGGUUCCUGCUCAACAGCCUAGCCCAGGGAGGGUCAGGGGUUCCUGGGGUUGGGGAGGGCUACGGACACCCUCUGAAUGGUUAUGGACAUCUUCAUCCACACCACCACCUUCUGCCUCCGCUAGGCCACUUCAGGGACCUCCACACUGGGGACACACUGAGCUACGGCCUGCCCACACCGGAGAUGUCCCCUCUGGAUUUGAUGGAGGACGGGGGUGGAGACGGAGGAGUGUUCUUUCCCCCUCACAUGCAAGAGGACGUGGAGCUACAUGGCACCUGGAGUAACUACCACCAUCACCCCCACUAUAACAGCCACCACCAUAACGCCCAUAGCCAUCCUCACAGCCACAGUCAAGGUCAUAGUCAGGGCCAUAGUCAGGGUCAGGGUCAGGGUCAGGGUCAGAGUCAGGGUCAGGAUCAGGGUCAGGGUCAGGGUCAGGGUCAGGGUCAGGGUCAAGGUCAUAGUCAGGGUCAUAGUCAGGGUCAGGGUCAGGGUCAGGGUCAAAGUCAGGGUCAGGGUCAGGGUCAGGGUCAUAGUCAGGGUCAUAUUCAGGGUCAGGGUCAGGGUCAGGGUCAUAGUCAGGGUCAUAGUCAGGGUCAGGGUCAUAGUCAGGGUCAGGGUCAUAGUCAGGGUCAGGGUCAUAGUCAGGGUCAGGGUCAUAGUCAGGGUCAUAGUCAUAGUCAGGGUCAGGGUCAGGGUCAUAGUCAGGGUCAUAGUCAGGGUCAUAGUCAUAGUCAGGGUCAGGGUCAUAGUCAGGGUCAGAGUCAGGGUCAGGGUCAUAGUCAGGGUCAUAGUCAGGGUCAUAGUCAUAGUCAGGGUCAGGGUCAGGGUCAGGGUCAGGGUCACGGUCAGGGUCAGGGUCAUGAUCCCCAUCUUAACCAUAGCCAUAGGGGCUCCCUGCUCUGUCGUCGUCCCCAGGAGAAGUGCCUCAGCCAGGCUCCAGAGCCUACGAACUCUCCCAGUCCUUACUCUAACCCCCAGAGCUCCUCUAUAAGCCUGUCUGAGCCAGUCAACCCUCACCAGUCCAUCAGUAGUUCCUCUGUCUCCUCUGUGUUCUCUGGUUACUAUAGUUACCUGUACAAUAACGCUGGACCAGACACCCCCCAGGCCUCCCACCUGGGGCAGCUCUCUCCCCCACCCGAGUCCUGCUCUUCCUCACUGGCCCCCACCUCCAACCCUAAACCCCAGGCCCUGGACUCCGUAGACCAGGCUGGGUCCAACCACGUAGGCCUGACGUCAGUUGAGUUCUGGACAGAAGUGGACCGCCGUGAGUUUGACCAGUACCUCAGUGCUAACCGGACUCGUAUGGAGGGGUAUGGGAGUAACCUCGUUCCCGUCUCUAAAUCCACGGAGGGGUACGGUAGUGUCCCCGUGUCGAAAGCUCUGGAUGGGUAUACCAGCAUACCCCUCUCUAAACCACUAGGGAGGAUCUAUGAGGAGAGCCAGAGUAGUCCUCUCAUCUCUGCUCUCGCUGAUGCUAGUAGUGCUGUCUACUACGGUACCUGUAUUACUGGGUAGACACCUUGCUGACUGCUGGUAGUCUUUGGCUGUGUGCCCAAGUCUAGUAUGGUCUAGGGCAGCCUACAAGACUUUUUGGUCAAAUACAGUAUGUUAAACAUACUGUCAUACUGGAGUGGGACUUGAUGUAGUUUGCACUACGGAAUAGGCUACAGAAGUGCAAACACUAAAUUAAAGCAAGUACACCUAAAAAAAAGUAUUCAAAAAAAGAAAAAUACAUUUUUGGAAGCAUUGGAUUGCUUGACCCCAGGUCUGCAGUUGACCUUUAAGGACUUUCGGGGUAGGAUUACUACAAUGCAUUAUAGACCACUACAGACCACUACAGACCACCACAGACCACCACAGACCACUACAGACCACCACAGACCACUACAGACCACUACAGACCACUACAGACCACCACAGACCACCACAGACCAGUAAAGGCCACUACAGGCCACUACAGAUCACCACAGACCACCACAGACCACCACAGACCACUACAGACCACUACAGACCACCACAGACCACUACAGACCACCACAGACCACUACAGACCACUACAGACCACCACAGACCACUACAGACCAGUACAGGCCACUACAGACCACUACAGACCACCACAGACCACCACAGACCACCACAGACCAGUACAGACCACUACAGACCAGUACAGACCACUACAGCCUACUACAGACCACUACAGACGAGUACAGACCAGUACAGACCACUACAGACCACCACAGACCACUACAGACCACCACAGACCAGUACAGACCACUACAGACCACUACAGACCACCACAGACACUACAGACCACCACAGACACUACAGACCACUACAGACCACCACAGACCACUACAGACUACUACAGACUACUACAGACCAGUACAGACUACUGAGCUCUCUACUUCCUGUCCAGACAGGCAGAACAUGUAUAAUGAUAAAACUGUUCAUUUUUUUGUUAUUGCCAUUUUUUUUACAGUAUUCCUAAUUUCAUGUUGUUUGUUUUAUUUGUGUAGAUUUUUAUUGAAUUAUGAAUUAUGAAAAAUUAUGAAAAACUGUUUUAUUUGCACUGGGUCACAAAUAUAUGUAUAGGAAGACCACCCUGUUCCAAAUCUUUCUAAUGAAAUAUAUAUUUUACAAAUGAAAGACUAGGAUUGUUGUUUUCAAUACAAUGUGAAGUUAUGAGGUCUGCAAUGUUAGGAGACGAAGAGUUUGUUUUCAACAAGGUUUUACAUUUUGUCUAUUUACAUCAAAACAUUUGUUCAUAUUUUAAUUUCCAUCACCACACAUAAAAAAAAGGGGAAUCUGGGAUUAGGAUAUCCAUUUUAGGACAUUUACAUGAAUGAUAUAUUUGACCUUUGACCUCUUUCUUGUUGUUUGAAUCCCCAUAAUGCCUCUUUAAAGGACCACGUUGAGCCGGUAAAAACUACUUUUAGUUUAAAAAAAAGUCAGGAAAUAAAAAAACAACUCAGUUGAUCUGCACUUAAAUCAAAAUAAAAGCCUUAUUUCAGUGUAAUUACAACAUUGCUUUGAUACAUAGACAUUUUUUUUCUUCCAAUGUUAUACUUCGGUUGUUGUUUCAUUAAUUGAAGAGGGCUUUUUUUGUAAAUGAAUAUAUUGCGUUUUAAAUAUAUUUUUUAAAAAUAAAGUUAUUUCUAAGGA